GUCUUCGUUUUGCAUCAACUACAGCCAGUCUGAAAACUGAGACUGAAGUGGACACAAGUGAAAAUGAGGUUGUUGCCCCAGACUUCACUAACAGGAAUCCUCGGAACUUGGAGCAGCUGGCCCUGGCUAGGAAGGAACGUGGCUGGAAAACAACAUGGCCAAAGCGUGAAUUCUGGCAUAGAUUACGGCUUGAGCGGACGCAGCAUUAUGUAGAAGCCUUCGUUGAGCGCUGUAAUGGAGAUGUUGUGGUAUCUGCCUCUACCCGAGAGUGGGCCAUAAAGAGACAUCUGUACAGUCCCAAGGGAGUAACGGCAUGCAAAAACCUUGGCCGCAUAAUGGCACAGCGCUGUUUGGAAGCAGGAAUCAACUUCGUGAACUUUAAAGCUGUUAUCCCCUGGGAACGUCGUUGCGACUCGAUUCAGGAAUUUGAAAAAGCUAUGGAGGAGGGUGGUGUCGUUCUGCGUGAGCCACGGAGAAUCUAUCAGUAA